ACAAUUUUCAGAAACUGCAACUAUGGCAAAUUUGCCAUUGAGCUCUGCUGCUUUCUCUAAGCCAGCAUAUUUUGAAUUCCUUCUGAAGCCCUCUAUGCUGGAAGAUCAUCUCAAUCAGCCUGAUCCUGACCCGAGCCCUAUAGAACUGAUGGCACAAAUGGUAUGCAACAGUCUUAAACGACCAGCCUCUGAGCAAACUAUAGGCAACCACUCUGAUGUUGAGCUCAUGCAGCGUAAAGGUCACAUGCUCAUAGUCCUACCGUUACGCAUCCUGGCCCAUCUAAAUUUUGAUCUACAGCUUCUUUUGGACAAAGUGCCAUUGGAAAUUUGUGAUGCCCUCCUGAACUACUUGAUGGUAGAAUGCCUUGGUUCUGCUGCUGCUGAGCUCACUCCCUCUUCCUGCACUGUUGACGUUGCAACCUUCCUGCCACACCAGGUGCUGGCUGCAAGUGCAUAUUUCCGUUACGUUCUUGCUGCUGUGGUGGCCUCGCGCGUGCCUCGGCCUCCUCAACAUCGUGUCAACACCUACACGUUGCCCAGUGAAGGUGUGACUGAGUACAGAGAAGACCGCGAGGCUCUGCUCGCUGAACUCGCUAGUAAAGCGGACUUUGCCGCACGCAUGCUUGACACUCUUGUUGUGGGGGCGACUCAAGUAUGUGCGCCGACUCCCUCAAGUUUCUCGCUGGUGGUGCCGGGGCCAGGAGCACCCAAGGGCUCCACACACAACUUCAGCGCCGUUACGGAGGUGCCUCUGCAACACUUCAAAUGUCAGGUCCACUACGACUUGGGUCUUUUCCACUUCGUGACGGAGCGCUACAACGACGCCUUCCACCACUUCACACAAGCCACUUCAAUCUUCAGCAACCUACCAGCCAACCCUGUUCAUUGCCGCGUCGUGGCGUCAACCCUGGCAGCAUACCAGAGCUGCUGUAGCGCCAUCUGUGGACGCAGCACUCCUGUGCCUCAGCGCACGAUGCUGGAGCGCUUCAUGCACGCCACCACCGUCGCUCCGAACUAUCAGGGUCUGCUGGAGGUGCUGGGAGAAGACGAUCUAUGCCACGAGCUGCCGCGCUACCUGCGCCACAAACUGCAGGUGGAUCUCAUGGCGGCGCCUCCUCAUACCACCACACAGGGGCUCUUCUUUCAGGUGUGCUGCCACAACGUUGUGCGAAGUGUGCUGGAGGGCAGAGUGUGGGAGCCCAGCUUCCCUGGGCAUCUCGUCACGGCUGGAAAACAAGGCGCUCUCUACCUCCUACAGUUGCUAUCAGCAAAACUCUCCCAGCUGGGGUCUCAGCAGCGGGCGUGGGUGCACGAGUUUCUGGUCACCCUGAACCUGCAGGAAGGCGUGAGUGGGGCUCUCGUGCCGCCCUUGAUGGCCACCGCGCCUCUCGCAAGCCUCUUCAGCCACCAGCAGAUGCUCGACAUGUGGCAGGGCGUCGAGGAAGAAAAUCAGGCUAAAAUUAUGAGGCAGGCCAUGGAUGUCAACUACGGCGUGGAGGGCGGCGAUGACGCUAGUUUGGUGUGGGAGGUGAUUCAUUCCCACGAGCCCGUGGCGCUGCGUCGUGCCGUCACGCGCUACACGGCCGCCCUGCAGCAGCAGCAGGCGCCGUACACCGACAUUCUUGAUCUCAAUGACAAGUGGGAUAUUCCAGUGCCCAUUCGCAAGACUCUAAGCAAGAUCCCGUCCACGCUACAUCGCUUCCUCAUCUCCGUUUUUGUUGCCAAGAGUCAAGAGCUGCUUCAGUCUAAGAGCUGGGUGGAGUCGUGCGACUUGCUUGACGCGGCACUGAAGGCGUGCGGUGAGGUGGCUGAAGGUGAGCGCGGUGACGGCCCCAGACUUUACAAGCUCCUCACUUGGCUCAAACUCAGCCACAACAUCGACAAGUGGAUCUCAGCCUUACCUCACACCGACGAGGGUGGGAGCGGCCUGGCCAGCGAGGCAAAGUUGUGCCUCAUGUCGCUUAAUGGCAGGGAAGACGCUGUGCCGUGGACCGCCAUAAUCAGCAGAUGCGUCAUGUGCCUGGUUAACGUGCGUGACUGGGGUGGCGUAGCGAGCGUUGUGGCCGGUCUUCAGCUACCGCCGCCUUACCUGCCCGCCAUGGCGGUCCUGCGACCGUUGCUUGCUGCCGCCCACAUCCUCGACACCGGACCUCCUUAUCACUUGGAGCCUCAUUUCGCUCACUUGUGGGACUCCGUGGUCAACAUCCUGGACUGUUCCUGCUCUCACAGGAAGUCGUCAAGCAGCAAGUCCGGGGAGCGGCAGUUACCGGAGGUUUUGCCGCUCGCCGACUUCUUGGAGCUCGUGUACAGUCUUAAGGAACCCACAUGUCUGAGUCUUUUAUGCUCGCUCCUAGGCGCCCUUCAUAAUAAACUUCUAGGAGACCCAUCGGCCGAAGUUCAUGCUCAACACAGUCAGCUUUGGCUUGGUCUUACGCCGUGCAAAGACACGGCUUCCAGAGAAGAAUAUCCCAAAUACGUCAGAGAGACGCUAGAGGCUGUCGUAACUCAUGCAAUUAAAUUCUUCCCCGGUGCUGACCACGUAAGCGAAUCUACCGCUACGUCUUGGCACGUGACUGCCGCCGACCUGAGUUACAACAGCGAGGAGCAUCACCGAGCUUUGUGUCUGUACCUCACGGCCGUGUUCGUGGCGACCAACUUCUUGAGAAGUGAUCCUGGCGACGACCUCACCGUGCACCUGGUGGGCGACCGCGCUAUCAGGAGGAUGGUGCGCUGCUGCAUGACUCUCGGCUGCUAUACGCAGGCUGGUCUGCUGUGUCAGUUUGUGGAACCCUUGGACUACAGCACGGCGCUGUGCUGCCUCCAGGACCGCAGCGGCGUCGACGCAAUGGACGCGUACUACCACUGCCUCUGGGAUGUCACGCUCAUCGAGUUUAUCAUCAAUGCUCAUCAAAAGAAAGGCGAAAUCCAGCGAAGAGACGCUGUUUUGAAAGUGAUCGGGCAGCUUGAAAUCAACAGCAACAACAACGAAGAAAUUCAACGCGAGGCGGCCAAGGUUCGCAAACAUCGCCUAUUGCGCGCCCUCGCCAAGCAGUAUCUCAGCUGAGUUGAUAUUACACUUGGGGUCUCGUUUGGUUCUCGUCCUCAGCCGUUAACCUGAUUUUAAUUUAUAUUCGGGGCUAUAUUGCAAAAUUCAAAUGUAUGUUGGACUAUCGUGUAAGUAGGUUCCAACCACGACUGACUACGCAAUCUUCUCGAUCUCAUUUCGCUCUCAAUUAAUUUUUAAACUUUGAACACGGUCAACCAUGUUCGCGCAACGAUCUGAAUUCAUGUAUGUUGUGCGCUUUGGUUAGCAAAAUUUGCAAUCAAGAUGUUGUGCCAUUUGAGUCUCGCAGCUUAUUUCCUCGGAUUUCCCGACUCGUAAUCGUUUUCUAUAUUAGACACCACAAAAUUUACGUACAUGGAAAACGUUAUGAAUAUUCGCUUCCUAUAGAAUGUCGGCAAGCAUCCGCUCGAUAUUGAACUUGUACAUCGAUUACGCAGUUGAGUCUUGAAGGUAUUCGUGGAGACCAUGCGGGAUUUUUUUUUGUUUAUACAUGAAUCCAAUAUUACGUAUUGUUUGUGCUGCUCAAUCGAGCAAGGUUGGAACAUAGUUGCAGGAUGAAGAUUUGCGAGUAUUAAGCAAUGUGUAAUUCUGAAAAUAUAUUUUAUGUACUAA